UACCUUUCUCAACCAAAAACAGAAGUUGUUCUUAUCAGACUUACAGAUGCCUUGUGGAUUAAUUUCAGCAGUACUUCUCUGUCUGCAAGUCAGACAGAACCCAACAGAGCGACCGUAACCAUGGCGGAGGCGGUUAUAGCUGCUGUAGAUAGAAAGGAGGAGGAAACUGUGGACGAUGAAGUGAAGGUGGAAAGUGAAACAAACAAACCAACUGCUGACACAAACGCUAGAAAGGAGGAGGAAACUGUGGACGAUGAAGUGAAGGUGGAAAGGGAAACAAACAAACCAACUGCUGACACAAACGCAGGAGUUUUGCUCCUCAACAAAGCAAACAACAGACGUCUCCAGUAUCAGUGGCUGGCCUUUUGUUUGGGGAUACUUUGUGUCAUUCUGCUUUUGGGUAUCAUAGCAGUCGUCCUCUACCACUUUGCUACACUAAGUCAUCAGAGUGAUGAUAGUGGGCUGACGGCUGCCAAUCGCAAGCUGACAAACCUCAACAACAAACUCAGCUUAGACAAUGAAAAGUUGAGGAGGGACAACAACAAUCUGACAGUCCAGUUGGGCAACCUGACACACAUCUAUACUGUCUUAGAAAGCAAGAUCCCAAACCUGACUGCAGACGUCCAGGACCUGACAACACGAAACCUGCAGCUGAACUCACAAAAACUGCAGCUGGAGACACAGAGAAACAACUUAAUAGAACAAAUAAAAAACAUGGAGACAAACUGGAAUGAGCUCAACGUCAGCCGAGCUCAGUGGAGCAUUGAUGCCUACUGCCCAAAAACAAGUAACGAGAGACAGUGUAAAGCCUGUCAAAAUGGCUGGUUACCCACAGAGUCUAACUGCUAUGUGAUUCAUGAUGCUGCUGCUUCUGCUGAUCAGAAAACCUGGGAAGAAGCUCGACAAAACUGCAGAGGAAAGGCUUCAGAUUUGGUUGUUGUACAUAGUAAAGAGGAACAGACUGUACUCAGUGAAUACAGCUGGGGUAGUUCACUAACCGUUGGAUACUGGUUUGGCCUGAGAGCUGAAGGUGGGAGAUGGAAGUGGAUUGAUGGAAGUGAUCUGACUCGUCUGGACACCACAACUAUCACCCUCUCCUGCUGAUGGUCAGUGUGUAAUGUCUGUCCGGACCAAUAAAUGGAGAUCAGUGAGCUGUGCUGAGAAACAAAGAUGGAUCUGCAAAAAGAAGGCUUUAUCUGUUUAAACACUGCAGUCAGACUCUGAAUGAUAAUAUCAACUGGCUUAUAAAUAUCAAACUAUUCUACUACUACUUCUACUUCACAAUUUUUGAAAAAAAAAAACAGACACUCAGAUUUAGGGCCCUAGUUUAACAAUCUGAAACGCAAGUAUGAAACGCAAAAUGCAAGUAG